GGCCAGGCAGGCACCUCCUCUCCUCUCCUCUCUCUCUGCAGCGGUAGGAGGCGGCCAGCCAGCCAGCCAGCACUUUCCCGGAGCCCCCGCCCCUUCUUUGCCAGCCGGCCUGGAGCCGCCGGCUGUGAUUGGCUCCGCCGGCCGCAUCUCGCCUGCCCGGUCGCAGCCCCUGGACGGCCGCCGCAGCCAUGAACCCGUUAUUCGGUCCCAACCUCUUUCUCCUGCAGCAGGAGCAGCAGGGCUUGGCGGCAGCGGAGCCUGAGCAGACCCAGCAGCACCUCCCGGCGCUCUUUCUCCUCCCUGGCGAGCCCCGCUGGGACUUCCUCGACAGGGAGCUGGCCCCGCCGGCCUCUCUCCCCGCCGGGCCCCACUUCGCGGCCCCGCCGGCCGCCAUGGCCCUCCGCAACGACCUGGGCUCCAACAUCAACGUCCUCAAGACCCUGAACCUCCGCUUCCGAUGCUUCCUGGCCAAGGUGCACGAACUGGAGCGCCGCAAUCGGCAGCUAGAGAAGCAGCUGCAGCAGGCCCUGGAUGAAGGGGGUGCCCGUCGGGGCAGCCUGCAGCGCCGAGACCAAGCCGUCCAGACGGGCUUUGUCAGCCCCAUCCGCCCGCUGGGGCUUGCUCUGUCUAGCGGCGGCGGCAGCAGUAGUACCCGGCCCGUGGGGCUGAGCACCCCCUCGAGGGUGCUGAGCUCCCCGAGCUGCCACCACCCUGGGGCCCCGCUCACGCCCACCUCCGCCCAGUCUCCAUCCUUGCCUAGCAGCGCCUUCUCAUCGUCCUCUCGCUUCUUGCCGGGCACCAUCUGGUCCUUCUCGCAGGCUCGCCGUCUGGGACCCGGCCUAGAGACCACCCUGGUGCAAGGGCCCGGCGUCUCCUGGGUCCACCCUGACGGGGUUGGGGUGCAGAUAGACACCAUCACCCCCGAGAUCCGGGCUCUUUACAACGUUCUGGCCAAGGUGAAGAGGGAACGGGAUGAGUACAAGCGCAGGUGGGAAGAGGAGUAUACGUUGCGUGUGCAGCUGCAAGACCGAGUGACUGAGCUGCAUGAGGAGGCCCAAGAGGCAGAAGCAUGUCAGGAAGAGCUGGCUAUGAAGGUGGAUCAGCUGAAAGCAGAGCUGGUGGUUUUCAAGGGGCUGAUGAGUAAUAACCUUACAGAGCUGGAUACCAAGAUCCAAGAGAAAGCCAUGAAAGUGGACAUGGACAUCUGUAGGCGCAUAGAUAUCACAGCUAAACUGUGUGACGUAGCCCAGCAGCGCAACUGUGAGGACAUGAUCAAAAUGUUUCAGUCUCUGCACUUGUCUCCCAUUAAGGUCCCAGCUACUGUGGGGCGGAAGCGGGAGCGGAAGCUGGUCAGUGAUGAGGACACCUCUCAGUCUGAAAGCGAGGCCUCCAAAAAGCCCGAGGAGGAGGAAGAGGAUGAGACCACGGCCAUGAGCAUAAAUGAGGAGAUGCAAAGGAUGCUGAACCAGCUGAGGGAGUAUGAUUUUGAAGAUGACUGUGAUAGCCUCACCUGGGAGGAGACUGAAGAAACGCUGCUGCUGUGGGAGGAUUUCUCUGGCUAUGCUAUUGCUGCUGCAGAGGCACAGGGGGAGCAAGCAGAUGAUAGUUUGGAGAAAGUGAUCAAGGACACAGAGUCACUCUUCAAAAGCAGGGAGAAGGAGUAUCAGGAAACCAUCGACCAAAUUGAGCUGGAGUUGGCAACAGCAAAGAAUGACAUGAAUCGGCACCUUCACGAGUAUAUGGAGAUGUGUAGCAUGAAGCGUGGGCUGGAUGUGCAGAUGGAGACCUGUCGCCGGCUCAUCACUCAGUCUGGAGACAGAAAAUCUCCUGCUUUCACUCCGGCAUCGAACAGUGAAUCGGCCCCAAACGAGGAAACGGAGGAGUCCGAUCGUGACCUCCCCAGCGAUGCCUCCAUAAGAUGAGGGUGGCCCUGCCCCCUCUGCAUCUCCCUCUCCUGGCCCAGGAGUGUGAGCGUGUGGCAGGGGAUGGGGGGGGGAGCCAGGUCCCAGCCGUGGCCAAGCGGGGCGGAGGGGGACAAGGGGCCACGAUUAGAAUCCGGCCGCUCGCUCUCCACACUUGGAGGGGAAGCUGGAUGAGAUGCCCUUGAGGAUCCCAGUUUUUCUCCUUUUGAUCAUCUCCUUCCCCUCCCCUACCCCAGUAUUUUGCAGGCUUUAAUGGGGAGGUCCCCACUUUAUAGCAGCUGCUCCUUCUGGGGUUUGCUUCAUGAAGCCCCCUCUCCCUUGCCUCCCCUUAGUAUACCUGACUGUCUUCCCCUUGCUACACUGAAGCAGAACUGGAUCCAUUUCUCUCUGCAAACCUGAAUCUCUUGGUGCCAAGUGGACUGAAAGGCUGGACUCCUGAUGGCUCUCCCUGCUCACAAAUUCUGAACACUUCUCUCGUCCCCAGUACACAAUAGCAAAGGCCUCUCCUGGUGGGGACAAAGAGAGAGAGAGCUACAGCCUCCUCCACCCCAGCUCCGUCCUUGCAUUUUGCUUAGUUGUGCAUCUGUGGCACAAAAGUUGUAUGUGAUGUGCUAUGUCUUGAAACAAGGAACCAUUAAAUGGAUAGCUUCCUUUUCUACA